AUGGCUAAUGUUUUCCAGCAUUUUUGGGGCCUGCCCCUCUUACUUUCACUUUAUUUAAUUCACUCAAUAUCCACUUCCCAUGUUUACAUUGUCUAUUUUGGGCACAACCAAAACCGAGAUCAUCUUCUUACAUAUCAGUAUCAUGUUGAGCUUCUCUCUAGUGUCUUCGAAAGCAAAGAAGAUGCAAAGCAAGCCAUUCUCUACAGCUACAAGCACAGUUUCUCGGGUUUUGCUGCAACUCUUAAUUCAAGCCAAGCAACCAACUUAGCUAAUAUAAAGGGAGUGAUAUCGGUGUUUAGGAGCAAGACAGUCCAGUUGGACACCACGAGAAGCUGGGAUUUUAUGGGUCUUGCCGUGGACUACAGCCAAGGAACUCCAUCGCAGCUAGCUUAUGGUGACAACAUAAUUGUUGGAGUCUUCGACACAGGUAUCUGGCCAGAGUCCGCUAGUUUUAAAGAGGAACCUGGCAUUGGACCUGUAACUAACAUCUGGAAGGGCAAAUGCAUGCCUGGAGAGAAAUUCAAUCCAGAAAAGCACUGUAACAGGAAGUUGAUUGGAGCCCGUUAUUACCUGGCAGGGUUCGAGAGACAAUAUGGACCGAUAAACAAAACAGGAAACCACGAAUAUCGAUCAGCUCGAGAUUCCCUCGGUCAUGGAACUCACACAGCUUCCACGGCUGUGGGUUCACGGGCUAAGGAUGCAAGUUUAUUUGGUUUCGCGCAGGGCAUUGCACGGGGAGGAUCCCCCAGGGCUCGUCUAGCUGUGUACAAAAUAUGCUGGAACAGAAAUUUUGACGGAAGGUGCACUGAAGAAGACAUAUUAGCAGCUUUUGAUGAGGCAUUGCACGAUGGAGUGCACAUCAUAUCGGCUUCUUUUGGUCCAAGGCCGCCAUUGUUGCCAUUUUUUAAGUCCAGUUCCGGUAUUGGUUCGUUUCAUGCCAUGCAAUUGGGUGUUCCCGUAGUAUUUUCGGCAGGUAACAACGGCCCUGAUCCAUCUCUUGUCGGAAAUGUGAAUCCAUGGAGCAUCUGUGUAGCCGCCUCCACCAUUGACAGACGUUUUCCAACCAAGAUAAUGUUGGAUGACAUUAUCUCUUUCACGCCAGAUAUAAGUGCGCCGGGGAUCAACAUAUUAGCAGCAUGGCCUCCCAACAUUUCUCCCACUGUUUUUUCAACAGACAUACGGUCGGUGGACUGGAAUUUUCAAUCAGGGACAUCAAUGUCAUGCCCUCAUGUGACUGGUAUUAUUGCCCUCAUCAAAUCUGCACACCCAGACUGGUCUCCUGCUGCGAUUAGAUCUGCUCUCAUCACUAGCGCAUACCAAACAGACAUAACCGGUGACAGCAUACAAGUUGGUGCAUCAACAAAGGCUAGCGAUCCAUUUGACAUUGGUGCCGGCCAUGUAAACCCAUUGAAAGCAAUUGAUCCAGGACUAAUCUAUGACAUGAACACUAGAGACUACAUUAUUUUUCUCUGUAACAGUGGUUAUACAGAAGAUGAGAUUAAAGCCAUGGUCAUCUGCCCACGUGCCAGCUGCCCAAAAAAAUAUGAACCAAAUACCAACAUAAAUUACCCGUCCAUAAGUGUACCCAAUCUCCAGUGGGAAACAACGAUCAAAAGGACUGUUCAGAAUGUUGGACAUAAGAAGACAGCCAUAUACUUUGCGAGCACUGUAAAUCCCAAUGGGGUGGAGGUUGAGGUUUGGCCAAGAAUCUUGAUAUUCUCACCUUUCAAGAAAGAAAGUACGUACUUUGUUACACUUAAACCGGUAAAGGCAUCUCAAGGGCGAUAUGAUUUUGGAUCUAUAACGUGGUCUGAUGGCUUUCAUCAUGUUAGAAGUCCUCUUGUUGUUCAGCUUAACACCACCGCUACUACUGCUCGAGAUGUUGAGGCUUUCUGAUUCUUGCUACAUUUUUUGCUAACAAAUAAAUUUCCAUCUUAUCUGGAUUUGAGGGAUAAAACUCUAGCCUUUUCCUUUUUCUAUUGAGUUUAAUAAAGUACUAAACAAUCCUUUAUA